CAGUGUGCUGGGAAUGUGAAGCCGAGGAAGGAGCUCGCAGUUUUGUGUGGGGGAAGAGCGAAGCAGGGAAUCAGGGACCACCCCAAUCGGCAGAGCCAGGCGGCCCGGAAAGAAAAUAUAGCUGGAACCCGAAAUAAAAGGAAGUCCCCUGUGGAGCUAACCCGAAGCAGGAUCCAGCAUUUCCUGGAGCUUCUCCACAGCCCUCUGAACGCGUUGCUCCUAUCUGAGACUCCCCAUCAUGAAUUUCCUCAGACGACGUCUGUCGGACAGCAGCUUCGUGGCCAACUUGCCCAAUGGCUACAUGAUGGACCUGCAACGUCCCGACAGCUCCACCAGCUCUCCGGUUUCCCCGGCAACUGAGAGGAGGCAUCUUCAGGGCCCUACCACACCGUCUUCAUCCUCCUCGGGGCCCAGUCUCUUCAGCUCAUUCUCGAGCGCCAUGAAACAGACCGCACAAGCCACCUCGGGGCUGUCGGAACCAGCGGGAAGCCCGGCACCCAUACCUCAGAAACCUAAGAUCCUGUUGGUAGUGGAUGAUGCCCACACAGAUUGGGCCAAGUAUUUCCACGCAAAGAGGACGAAUGGAGAGCUGGAGAUCCGAGUGGAACAGGCUGAAUUUUCAGAGUUGAACCUGGCGGCCUAUGUCACGGGGGGCUGUAUGGUGGAUGUGCAGGUCAUCAGGAACGGGACCAAAGUUGUGAAAUCCUUCAAGCCCGACUUUGUCCUGGUCAGACAACAUGCCUACAGCAUGACUCUUGGGGAAGACUUCCGCAGCCUGAUCAUCGGCCUCCAGUAUGGCGGCCUGCCCAGUGUGAACUCUCUGUACUCCAUCUACAACUUCUGCAGCAAACCCUGGGUGUUCUCCCAACUCAUUAAGAUCUUCAAUUCGCUGGGUCCAGAGAAGUUUCCUCUUGUGGAGCAGACGUUUUUCCCCAACCAUAAACAGAUGCUUACAAGCCCGGACUUCCCCGUGGUGGUCAAACUAGGACAUGCUCACGCUGGAAUGGGAAAGGUAAAAGUGGAAAACCAGUAUGACUUCCAGGACAUCGCCAGCGUGGUGGCCAUGGCCAAGACUUAUGCCACCACAGAGACCUUUGUUGACUCCAAAUAUGACAUUCGGAUCCAGAAAAUUGGCAGUAACUACAAGGCCUACAUGAGGACAUCCAUUUCCGGGAACUGGAAGGCCAACACAGGCUCUGCUAUGCUGGAACAGGUGGCCAUGACCGAGAGGUACAGACUGUGGGUGGACACCUGCGCGGAAAUGUUCGGCGGCUUGGACAUCUGUGCCGUCAAAGCGGUCCACAGCAAGGAUGGGAAGGAUUACAUCAUUGAGGUGAUGGACAGUUCGAUGCCCCUGAUCGGGGAGCACGUGGAGGAGGACAGACAGCUAGUGGCUGACCUGGUCGUUUCCAAAAUGACUCAAAUGCUGGCGCCGGGCGGGACCUCCCCUUCGCCCCCGAGGCCUUGGCAAGUCCAGCCGAAGGCGGUGAAAUCUCAGGGGCAACCCCAUCUUGGACAACCAGCCCAGCCACGCCCACCCCCUCAAGGGGGCCCGCGCCAGAUGUCAUCGCCUCAGCCCGCCCGGUCAGGAGGGCCCCCUCAACAGCGACUCUCCCCGCAGGGCCAACAGCCCCAGAGCCCGCAGUCCAGCUCGCCCCAGAGAUCUCCCGGCUCCCCCCAGCAAUCCAGAGCUGCCAGCGGAGCCUCCGCCGGUCAGACCUCCAAGCCGGGCUCCCUGCCCCCUUCCCAGCCCCGGCCCCCGGCCCAGGGCCGCGGCCCCGCUCGGCCGGGCCUCGGCGACGUCUCUAAGUCCCAGGCUCCUCCUCAUCCUCAUCUCAACAAAUCCCAGUCUUUGACCAACAGCUUCAACAUCGCCGACUCCUCUCCCCGGGGGAACCCCAACGAAGACGAGGCGAAGGCAGAAACCAUCCGCAACCUGAGAAAGUCAUUUGCUAGUUUGUUUUCUGAUUAACUCCACCCCGCGCUCGGAGUGAGUGCCCAGCCAGCCCCCCGCCCCGACCGCCCAGCUCCGUUCCGGUUUGCCCACUUGGCAUCUCCCAGCCUCACUCAGUGCUUGUCGGCGGGUCCGUUGCGGCCCUGUGAACCGAGCCCUUUUAGGAGAUCUUGUCCCAUUUCCUUUAACCCCAAAACCGAUUCUUCAUAUGUGCUCUAAUUUCACUUUCAUGGUUGUCUGCGUUAAGCAAAAGGGGGAAGAGCCGGGAAGGCUCGACUCUUCUGAGCAGGGCCGAAAGGUGAGGCUCACUGCUCUGAGGACUUUAGUUUUCCUACCCAGAGCCAGGUAGCAAGUUCUCUGUGUGCGUUUCUCCAUCUCUGGGAGAGAAGAUUCUCCAAUCUCCUCACCGGAUUCUGAAACUGCAUUCGGGUGGCAAGGAUAUACUAGGCGAGUAAGACUUCGACCGUUUAUUGGGGAAAAAAAAAAAUUCAUUUUCUUCCAUUCAAAUCCAACAUCCCUAGCCCAACCAAAAAGCUUGAUCGCAUUUUGGCCAGAGUACCACCGCAAAAUAAGUGCUGAGUCUUCCUUAACAAGAAAGAUAGGAAAUCUAUGCAGCACAGUAGGCAAGCCAUUGGCAAGGAUACCGGUCCCUGCCUUUCCUCCCCGAUAAGGCGGCCAUUCAAGCCUCUUUUUUGUCUCCAGGAUCGUGCCCUUGAUUCUCGGAGCCUGCCGUUCAGCGGUGAGGUCUGUAAUCCUCUCGCGGGUUGGGGAAACCGUCCAUUUUCAGAUCCAGGAGUCAUUUGCAGCUUUGCAGUUCUCCAGCUCCAGUUGUAUUUCUGAACCUGGACGGGGACCCGCUGGACUACCCCUCCUCUCCUCAUUCUCCCAGCUUUGUCACUUUAAGUUACUAGAUCCAGGAGCCAGUGAGGAGGAAGCCCGAGGUCCCCUGUCCAUCACCGCCCCUGCAGCCCGAAAGCCAGGGAGCCGAGCCCACCGGGCUCCGGACGUUGACAGGUGACACGCCGGCCUCUGUGGGCCUGUUUUCUCUAGGGCACGUUCUAGCCCGGCGCUGGCCUUCCGAAUAAAGCCCCGGUGUCUUGGUCUCACCCAUGCAGCGCAGGAAAAGCAAGAGAAUCGAGAGGAUGAAUCGUCCUCGUUCGCCUCUCCUGUAGAGUGGCUUUCAUGAGGAUCCGGGAUGGUCCACAGCCUCGCUCCCCGCGUGCGAGAGGUGACAAGUAGCGUGUGACCACCCGAACCUGGGGAAGCAAUAAAUGCUCCUGGAUCGUCUGGGGCCUGGUCUGCCGUGGUGGCCACAUACCAGAUGAAUGAAAUAGCCAUUGUAUAGCGGAGUCCGGGGGCGGGGCAGCGAGAAGGGAGCAUAAUGUAAUUCUGGUGCUUUCUUUCCGUCCUUCUAGUAGAAGAAACCCCCUUUCUUUCAGCUGCGUAUUUAUGGUGAGUACACGUCUUCUGUACAGGCGCACGGAUGCCAGGCUAACGGCUCCCUGCCAGAAUUGCCGGAGGUUUUACGCACAUACACACACUCACUCGUUCAUAUCUGCGCUCUAUGCAACGGUGGACUUAGCAGAGGCCCGGCCCCGCACUUGUAUUCAACCCCGAGUGGCGGCGGAAACCCUCCCGGUGGAGUCUCUCUCCCAGGUGGUCGGUCCCCUGGGACCAGGGGACUCUUUGGCCGCCAUUUACUCUUGGACCAUUUGCUUCUCUCCUUCUACCUCCUGCUACCUUGCCCUUUCCCUACUCGUUAGGACCCUCUUCAGAAGGGGAGUAGGGGAAGAGAGAGGACACCUGUUCGGACGGCAAGGCUUUUGCAAGGGUGGGCGGUUGUAUAGACUGACUGAAAAUCAACUUGGGGGUAAUCUAGGGCAGGGGGAGGCCUCAGUGCCAUAAUACCGUCUUGUACACAUUCUAAAAGUUUCAGGUUGGAAAGGCUCGGCAGACCUUUACAGUAGGUAGUUCAGGCUCGGGUGGAUUUGGAAUUCCAGGCCCCACUUUUGUGAUGCGUUCUGGCCAUUGUUUGUAUUCGCUGUGCAAGAGGUGUCGGUAUUCAUUUACGCUGAGUCUCAGUCGGAAAGAUGAACAAAGCAGGGACGGAGAA